AUGGAUAAGCACUCAUUACAGCAACAAGUAUCUCAACUUAAGCGUAAGAACAUAGAAAAUGAAGAUUUGUCUGAUGUACGAAAAGAAGACAUUAAGAAACCGAUGAGUGCCGAGCUAGGUAUUAAAAGCAUCUUUUAUGAUCCAGAUUGGAAUCCCUCCGGUAAGGCGCCAUUUGGGUUAAAAAAUAUUCCUUAUAAUCCAAGAACUUUUAGGCGAGACACACCGAUAGAGCCUAGAUUAAACGGACUAAAAGAAAUACCACUACCGAAACCUAACAUAAAAGACCAGGACCAAAAAUCAUCGUAA